AUGGGUAUUCAAGAAAUGGAUCCGCUUUCACAGCUGAGUUUGCCCCCGGGUUUUCGAUUUUACCCGACCGAUGAAGAGCUCAUGGUUCAAUAUUUAUGCAGGAAAAUUGCUGGCUACCAUUUUUCUUUACAAAUCAUUGGAGAUAUUGAUUUGUAUAAAUUUGAUCCAUGGGAUCUUCCCAGUAAAGCUAUCUUUGGAGAAAAAGAAUGGUACUUUUUCAGUCCCAGAGACAGAAAAUACCCGAAUGGAUCGAGGCCAAAUAGAGUGGCGGGAAAAGCACCUAAAGGAACCAAAACCAAUUGGAUUAUGCAUGAAUAUAGACUCUCUGAAUCCCCGAAGAAAAAUGGAAGCUCAAGGUUGGAUGAUUGGGUUUUGUGUCGAAUUUACAAGAAGAAUUCAAGUGGACAGAAGCCAACAGAUUCUGGUAUGGUGCAGAGCAAAGAGUAUAGCCAUGGUUCAUCAUCGUCAUCUUCAUCGCAGUACGACGACGUUUUGGAGUCUUUACCAGAUAUUAAUGACCGUUUUUUCUCUCUUACAAGAAUGAAUCCAUUGAGGACAUUUCAACAAGAGGAUCAAAAGGUCAAUCUUCAAAAGUUGGGUUCUGGGAAUUUUGACUGGGCCAAUAUAGCUAAUCUCAACUCGUUGCUUGAACCCUCUCAAGCUCAGCCGAGUCAGACUCACGCACAGGUCAACAACCUUAAGAUUGAGGACAUCCGUGGUCAAAAUGACAUGUAUGCCCCUGCUGUGCCACAGGCUGGCCAUUUUAUCAUUGGGGAUGAUGAAGUAGAGAGCGGACUCAGAACUCAGCGAGUCGACAGUAACUCGGGGUUCUUUCCGCAGAAUGCUAAUGCGUACGCUCAGAGAUUCUCCAACUCGCUCGACCCGUUUGGGAUUCGGCACCCGACCCACACGGGAAAUAUGGGGUUUAGACAGUGA